UGUAAUGAAUCACAGAUUCCAGAAUAAUAUAACUUUUGAAGUGAUCUCUACAGAAAAAUACAUUCAUGUUUUGGAGUAGGCAGUCCGAUGAGAGAGACAAUGCUUAAACAUGAGGCGCAAGUGAUGUUUGCUGCAGGAUAUGUAAUAGUGUAGGUGGAAACCACACACACAAACACACUUGUAGGACUACAUUUGCUGAGGGUUUGCACACACAUUUCGGUGUCUCAUUACCAGUAAUGUGAUCUCACAUCCUAUGGCCAUUGUCAUGCUUUAUGUCACACACAAUUAUGAAUAUUACAUGCUACACACCUUAUCCUAAAUAAGAGAAACAUUUUAAUACAAUAGCCUUUAUACUAACUUAUAAACCUCUCUUCUUUGUUCAUAUGAAAACAGACAACGUUAGCACAGAGGAAGAUCAUUGUUGUGACUGAAAACUAAAAUCUGUGUUUUCAAAAUAAAAUAGCCUUUUUAAAAUUUGGUUGAUAUAUGUUGACGUUAUAGGUCAAUUAGAAACACGACACGGUAUUACAUAUCGAGCUAAAUAUGUUCAGAAACACGUUCAUCUGGACUGGACCUGCAAAGCACAUCCAGAACGUCUUCUCUCGCCACGCCCCUCAAACGCUAAAUGUCCGCUACCUGCCUGCGCCUUCAACUCCCCAUCAUCGAGGACGACAUUUCAGUCUUAAGUUAGUCUGGCUUGUCCUAGGACGGGUCUCAUGUCCGUUUUAGUCGCACUUUUAACUGGACUAUCCUAAUGUUGUCUUUCUUCACGUCAUGUAAUGUUACAUCGGGACGUGGGUUUGUGCCGGGAGUUGCUGAAUAAAAACGUACGAAACCGCCACACAAUGCCCGUAAAUGACCGUUAAAAAAAGACGAGUGCCCGUUACUGGUCGUUCGUUCCAUUAACGGCCAGCAGCAGCGAGUACGAGCAUGUCGUGACAGCACUGAUGCGAGCUAUCGAGCUAACUGGUCUCUCCAACAACCGCCAUUUUGUACCUUUUGCAUUUGACAUCGCCAUAACAACGGCCUGCUUGAGUAUGCGUCUGUGGCCGCGUCGUCAUGGCAGAACUCGGGGCACGAUGUGGAACGCUGUGGUACUGGCUGUGUGUCUGCUGGUGGCCGGGGUUCAGCCCAUGGACAACCAAGUUUAUGGGGUGAAACUAUGUGGCCGAGAGUUUAUCCGGGCAGUCAUCUUCACCUGCGGAGGCUCCCGAUGGAGACGUUCACUGAGGAGCGCAGAUGUUUCUGAGGACCCCUUCAGCUCCCGCCAGGAGGAUUCCUCGGAGGGUUUGAGUCACAAUCCUGCGGUGGAGAGUUUUCUCCAGAGGAACAGAGACCUAAGCUUCACAGCCAGAGACAAACACGAGGGAGUCUUUAGCCGGCCGGCCCAUUCUUUCAUUAAUGAGGAAAUCCUGGAAGCCCUACGCAACGCUGACCGCAAGGGCCGGGACGUGGUGGUCGGCCUGUCCAAUGCCUGCUGCAAGUGGGGCUGCAGCAAGAGCGAGAUCAGCUCCCUUUGCUGA